GAUCCAAGAGCUGCAGUAAGCAAAUACAGCCCAAACCCAGUAAAACUACAAUUCCUAAUGUGCACGUUCGGCACCGUGACGUUCCUUCAAAUCACUUCCUCAGUUGGAAGAAGCGGUUUCAGACGGAGAAGUGCCAUCCCGUUUUCUUCUUACUGUCGGGCGGCUGAGCUGGAGCAUGAUUGACCUGAAGGCGUGGGCGCAGUACGUGGUGGAGUGGGCGGCGAAGGACCCGUACGGCUUCCUGACGACCGUCAUCCUGGCCCUGACGCCGCUCUUCAUCGCCAGCGCCCUGCUGUCAUGGAAACUGGCCAAGAUGAUCGAGGCGCGCGACCGCGAGCAGAAGAGGAAGCAGAAGAGGCAGGAGAACAUCACCCGGGCCAAGAGGAAGAAGGAGUGAGGCCCCUCCCACCGCCCCGCCCGGGUCACGCCCCGGGUCGCACCCGGGUCACGCCCGGCCCCGCCACCCAACGGGAGACGGGCCGGUGCCGCGGUCACGUUUCCGGCGGGAGGCGUCGUGCGACUCUUGAUAAAUGCGGAGAUGGGCAGGGCUUCCUGCGAUAGGCCCCCACCGCCCGCAUCAUCGACGCGCGGGGCUGGGGUCGCGCUUUCCAGCGUUCCGCUCCAGUUCCACAAGCUGUCAAUCAACACUCAGCCGCCUGUGACCCGUCAUAACCCGCUAACCACAGACCCCUCCGAGUGCAUGCGCAUUCUCCAUCUGUUCUUAAAUCAGGCAUUUCCCCCGUAACUUUGUGAGAUCGACCUGUGCCUUUCAGCAGACAAAAACUGGUGCAUUUUUAUUGUUUUUUUUGUUACAUUUUAUUUUUGUUGAUUUAAAUUCAAUUCUGAAUAAAGCGGAUGCAUUUGCUGUAGGCAAACCAGUGGGGAAGAAAGAAAAUCUAAAAUAUGAAAACAUGAAAUUAAAUCACAGUAAACUGCAGGAAAUCCACGUUAUUGCUUACACCUUUAUUCCAUGAUUCCGCCGUGUGACAGGAAGAAGAUUCAUUUUUAUGAUUCUCUUUAGCGCAUGAUGAAGUAUGGGCACAUAAAUGAUCUGGAUCCAGUACUGUUGGUUUUGUAUAUGAAAUGACCCCAAUAAUUGUAACCCCCCCAGGUGUGCAGGAGAAGAUGUGUCCUGCUAAAUCUUGUCCCGUUUUGUGAGGUAUGGAGAUUCACACCCUGCAAAAUUCUGCUCCACUUUGCAGUGAGCAGCUCAAUACUAGAUUGGCCUGGAACCAUUUUUCCCCCCUCUUCCUCUCUUGAUUUUGUAUAAAAGGAGAAAUAAAAGACCAACUGAACAGAC